AUGGCGAGGCGAUUCGAUUACCAUCACCAGCAGCAGCACCAGCAGGCCGGCCGACGGACUCUGGCGGCAUUCUGUUUCGCCUUCGUCCUCUUCCUGCUCGUCGCGGCGUACCUCUUCAGUGGCUUUAAGCCGGGACCGAUUCCGACAUCGUCCGUGGACGAGGAUCAGGAUCGGGCAGGAGACGGCCUUGGAGGGCCCAACACGUCAGAUGCGCUGGGGGAUGAACCAAUGGAGCACGAGAUUCGGGAUUCCAGCAAGCUCAGCCUGAAUUUGCCUCCAGUGAAGGGCGCCGGGGAGCCCGCAGACUCCGACAUGGAACCCCCCGGGAGAGCCGCGGACGAGGAGGAGGGCGGCGAGUCAGCCGCGCAGGAGGGCCUGCGGGGGGCGCGCGGGGGGGACGCGCGCGCGCAGGCGGAAAGAGAGAGAGACGCGCAGGACGCUGCUGCGCAGGAGGGGGAUUCGGAGGGCGGGGAUGGUCAGGCGGAGGAAGGUUUGUUGCAUAGCCGCUCUAGCGACAAUGAGAAGGCGGCAGCGGCGGCGGCUGCUGCAGAUGCUGAUGGUGAUGGAAUUGGAGGAUCUGAAGGGGCGGGAGGGGCGAAGGAAGGAGAGGAGGAAGAGACGAGCGAGAAGGGUGAGGAGGAAAAGGACGGGGAGGAGGAGGAGAGUAGCGCUGCAGAGAAACCGGUUGAGAAGUACGAGGCGUGUGACCCUGAGCUGUCAGAGAUAGUGCCAUGUCUGAGCCCUGCCAUGAACAAGCGCAUGAAGCUGAAGCUCAACACGAAGGUGAUGGAGCAUUAUGAGCGCCACUGCCCGCCUGACGACCUCAUGCCCCACUGCCUCGUGCCCCAGCCGCCAGGCUACAAGACGUCCAUCCCCUGGCCGCGCAGCAGGGACGAGGUGUGGCGCGCUAAUGUCCCCCACACGCUGCUGGCAACAGAGAAAUCGGAUCAGCACUGGAUGGUGGUGGACGGCGACAUCAUCCGAUUUCCGGGCGGCGGCACUCACUUUCCUGGUGGCGCAGACAAAUACAUCGAGCACAUUGGGAAGAUGAUGGGAGACGAGAACGGCAACUUCUCAGUGGGCGGCAAGAUCCGGACGGUUCUGGACAUCGGGUGCGGGGUGGCGUCGUUCGGCGCGUACCUGCUGGACCACUCAGUGCUGACCAUGUCAGUGGCCCCCAACGACGUGCACGAGAAUCAGAUCCAGUUCGCCUUGGAGAGAGGACUGCCUGCCUUCUUAGGCGUGAUGGGGACCCAGCGGCUCCCCUUCCCCUCCUUGGCGUUCGACCUGGCCCAUUGCUCCCGCUGCCGCAUUGACUGGCUGCAGAGAGAUGGCUUGCUGCUGCUGGAGCUGGACCGUGUCAUUCGGCCCGGGGGCUACUGGGUGUGGUCUGCGCCGCCUGUGUAUCGCGAAGAUGAGGAGAACCAGAAGCUGUGGACCGACAUGCUGGCGUUCAUGGGGCGCAUGUGUUGGAAGGUGAAGGCGCAGAGUGGACAAACCGCCAUCUUCAAGAAGCCAAAGACGAACCUGUGCAUCAAGAAGCGGGCGGCAGACACAGAGCCGCCCCUGUGCGAUGCCGCCCAGGUGUCGCCGAAUUCCGCCUGGUACACGCCCAUGGAUGCAUGUGUGAACACAGUACCCAAAGGCAAGAAGAACAAGCUGAUUCAGCCGUGGCCGGAACGACUGGUGUCCCCCUCCCCGCGAAUCGACCUGCUCGGGCUGGCCAAGAGCGACUUCGAGGCCGACACGGAAGCGUGGGAGAAGAUAGUAGCAGACUAUGACACCCUGUUGGGCGGGCAGGCCCUGCUUCGUCCUGCAGAUUCCACACUCAAGGGCGGAAAGGGCAAAGGCUCCAAAGCGGCGUACCCCAUUCGCAACGUGAUUGACAUCAAUGCGCACAUGGGCGGGUUUGCAGCGGCGCUGGCAGCGCAGGCGCAGGCAGUAUGGGUGAUGAACACGGUGCCCCCGCAGGGAGAGGCCAGCAGUGCUGGGCUGGCGAUGGUGUAUGACCGCGGGCUCAUCGGGGUUUACCAUGACUGGUGCGAGCCCUUCUCAACGUAUCCCCGGACCUACGACCUCGUCCAUGCAUGGAGGGCGGUGUCUCAAGUCCUCAAGCGCAAAUGCUCCUUGGAGGCCUUGCUACUUGAGCUCGAUCGGAUCCUCCGCCCCAAGGGUGUUCUGCUCUUCCGUGAUAGUGCCGAUGUGAUUGCACGCUUGGAGAAGCGGUUGAAGGCGGUGAAGUGGAUUGUAUUGAAGGGGCCUGUAUCGAGGACGUUUAUUGAUGGGGAGGAGGAACAGGUGCUCGUUGUGCAGAAGAGGUUCUGGAGGGUGAAAGAGAAGGCUGGCUUGAAGGAAAGUGCGGAGGCAGCUGCAUCAACAGAUGGGGAUGCUGAGGAGCGCAGAAGCGUCGUUGACGUCACCGAUGGCACCAAUACAGUCACACCCGCUCCAGGCGAACCCGCUUCGCUGUCCCGCGCUAGCAGCGCAGACGGCAGUAGUUUCCAAGCGAGCGGGUUUCACGGUCAGGGGGAAGGGCACUCGGCACACGAGGGAUACGACGGGUACGAGGGUCACGGGGGGAAUGGGGGACACGGGGGGCAAGUCUCCGCUCCGCAGCUUCCGCCACCGCCCGGACGAUCCGCGUUCAAGAAAGCGCCUUCAAUCCGCUACCCCGUCGCGCAGCGGGGCGAAGCGAGUAGUGACAGUAUCGGGGCCGGGAGCAUGUCGCCUAAAACUCCCCAGGCGGUCGCUUCUGCGACUAUACCGGAAGCGGAGAACGAGGGGGUUUCGUCAAUUGAGGAGAGCGACGCGGGAAUGGGAAGCGCGCGACGGUCGGAAGAGGUGUCGAGCCGACACGGGGGGAAGGCUGGCGGAGCGGCAGCGGCGGGUUGGGUUGGCGGAGCAUUCGUAGGCGCGGCGAUCGGCGGAAGGGUUGGCGGGGGCCAGGUGGCGCCGUAUCCGGAAGGGGAAGAGGGGGAAGCGGAGGGGGAGUAUGAGGGGGAGUAUCGGAUGGCGGAGGGGGAAUAUGGAUACGCGGAGGGGGAGGAUAUGGGGGGAGAUGACGAUAUGUAUAAACAAGGGGUGGGGAUGGAGGAUGUGAUUGUAGACGACAUGCCUUUAGGGGAGGGGAUGGAGGAACGGACGGGCGUGAUGAAUUAUGAGAUGAGGGAGAGGCCCGAGGCCGGGUGGAUGGUGGCGUACGCGUUACAGCACAUGAUCGCGCUUAUAGCGAACGUGAUCGUGUUCCCGAUGAUACUCGUCCCCGCCAUGGGAGGCUCCGACCUCGACAAGGCGGCGGUGAUUCAGUCGGUGAUGAUGGUAACGGGCGUGGCGACCACGCUCCACGUGCUGCUGGGCACGCGGCUGCCCCUCGUGCAGGGGUCCUCUCUCGUGUACUUGGCACCGGCUAUCAUCGUCGCCAACUCGCCUCACAACCUCACCGCGGAUCCCUCACAGCGAUUCUCGUUGACAAUGCGGGAGACGAUGGGGGCAGUGAUCGUGGCGUCGCUGCUGCAAGUCGUUGCCGGCUAUUCGGGCUUCAUGUCGCUCCUCAUAGAGCUCAUCAACCCAGUGGUAGUGGCCCCCACCAUCAUGGCCGUGGGUCUCUCCUUCCUCUCCUAUGGCUUCCCUGUCAUCGGCCGCUGCGUGGCCAUCGGGCUGCCAGAGCUCAUCCUCAUCGUUAUCUUUGCACUGUACCUGCGCCGAGUGUCAUUCUGGGGCUCAAGGUUCUUCCAGAUCCACGCAAUCUCCCUGGGUCUGGCCAUAACGUGGCUCUAUGCCUUGGUGGUCACCCUAGCGGGCGUCUACAGCUACCCCGACUGCUCGCCCUCGGCCAUCUACCCCUCCUCCUCCCCGUGCUUCGAGAAGCAAGCCCUCAUGGCCUCGUGUCGAACCGACGCAUCGAGUGUUCUGUCGGACGCCAAGUGGGUGGCGCCCCCGUACCCGUUUCAGUACGGCAUGCCGAUCUUCCGAUGGGAGUCCAUAUGCAUCAUGCUGCUGCCUGCUCUGAUUUCUACCAUUGACUCAGUGAGCAACUACCACGCGACUUCUCUCCUCGUGGCGGUGCGGCCCCCAACAGGCGGGGUGGUGGGGCGGGGGAUAGGCAUGGAGGGCGUGGCGAGCGUGCUGGCAGGGAUGUGGGGCACGGGGGGAGGCGCCACCACGCUCACUGAGAACAUUCACCUCGUUGCGGUUACCAGAAUGGGAUCGCGCGUUACGAUAAUCGUCGGGGCGGCGUUCCUCGUCUUCUUCUCGCUGUUUGGUAGCCGCUUCCCUUCGUCUCAACCCCACUCCCUCGCCCAUCGUCUUUACCUCCUCAACUCCCCUCAUCUACCAGGCAAAGUAGGCGCUCUAUUCGCCUCCAUGCCACCAGUCAUGGUGGGCGGCCUCCUCACCAUAAUGGCAGCCAUGGCAGCAUCGCUCGGCCUCUCCUCGCUGCGCUACGCCGAGAUGGGGUCCUCCCGCAACCUCCUCAUCACGGGCCUCGCACUCUUCCUCUCUCUCUCCGUGCCGGACUACUUCAAGUCGUACGCUGUUACCAACGGCCACGGGCCGAUCAACACUUCUAGUUCUGGGCUCAACUUUGUGCUCAACUCACUCCUCGCCCUCCCCAUGGCCAUCGCCUUCAUGUCUGCUUUCCUCCUCGACAACACUGUGCCCGGCACAGCCACCGAACGAGGCCUCUACGUCUGGUCUGGACGUAAGGCGGCUCGGGCCGAUCCUCUCAUGCACGAAGACUACGACCUGCCGUUCGGCUUGAGUAAAUUCUUCUCCUGGGUCUUCUGGCUGGGCGUGUAA